UCACUUCAGUCCCGCAAUCUUUUACCCGCCUACCUUUUUCAACUUCGCCUCUCUCUCUCUCUCUCUCUCUCUCUCUCUCUCUCUAGAAAGCCUGAACAUAGCAGCUCCAUAAAACUUCAGAGGUUUUCUUUCAUCCUUCAUCGUUGCUCCACAGUCGCCGACCGACGCUCUUUUUCUGUCGACUUUUUCUCCUCCCAGUGCGAAUUCAACACUAGAAAGUGAGUGUAAGGAGAAGAAUGUCACUUUCAUUCUUUCAGAGUGCAGUUGUCCCUUCCCAACAACUUCAGCUUCAAGUUGGGAUUGGCCUCUCAUUUCCAAGGCUGCAACGAGUCCAAUCACUUGUUGUUGAAGCCAAAGCCAAAACCCGACAAGAAGACCGAAUCGCUCGCCAUUCUCGUAUCAGAAAGAAGGUUGAAGGGACUCCUGAAAGGCCAAGGUUAAGCGUCUUCCGCUCCAACAAGCAUCUCUAUGUUCAGGUGAUUGAUGACACCAAAAUGCGCACACUUGCUGCGGCUUCCACAAUGCAAAAAGCCAUCUCAGAAGAGUUUAGCUACACUUCUGGUCCUACGCUGGAGGUUGCAAAGAAGAUUGGUGAAGUCAUUGCAAAGACCUGUUUGGAGAAGGGGAUCACAAAGGUGGCCUUCGACCGAGGUGGAUAUCCAUACCAUGGACGUGUAGAAGCCAUCGCCGAUGCAGCUCGAGAACAUGGACUUAAGUUUUAAGAUUUUGGUUUUUUAGUUUGUUUGUAGAAUCUUUUGUUUGUCUUUGAAUUGUGAACUAAUUAUUUUGUUUUAACAGUUAUUCAUUGGAGCAUUUGAUGUUUAACUGUGUUUUAAAUUUUGUUCAUUUGCAUCAA